AAAAAGCUUUUGUCUCCCCUGAGAAACCAAGUCAAUGGCCGACGAUUGGGAUCUCCACGCCGUAGUCAGAGGCUGCUCAGCCGUGAGCUCAUCAGCAACCACCACAGCCACCGUCUUCUCCUCCAGCAACGUUUCAUCUCACACGAGCCCUGUGUUCACCUUCGAACCAAGAAGUAACACCGUCGUCUUCGGAGAGGUUCGAGAUCUCUACACGCCGUUCACACAAGACUCAAACGCAUCCUCGUUUUCUUGUCUGAAUUAUCCAGAAGAGCCCAGACAGAGACAAAACCUGAAACGUCCUCUCUCUCUCUCUGCUUCUUCCGGUAGCGUCACUAGCAAACCCACCGGCUCCAACACCUCUAGAUCUAAAAGAAGAAAGAUUCAGCAUAAGAAAGUGUGCCAUGUAGCAGCAGAAGCUUUAAACAACGAUGUCUGGGCAUGGCGAAAGUACGGACAAAAACCCAUCAAAGGCUCACCAUACCCAAGAGGAUAUUACAGAUGCAGUACAUCGAAAGGAUGUUUAGCCCGAAAACAAGUGGAGCGAAACAGAUCCGACCCGGCGAUGUUCAUCGUCACGUACACGGCGGAGCACAACCACCCAGCUCCUACUCACCGUAACUCUCUCGCCGGAAGCACCCGUCAGAAAUCCUCCGAUCAGCAGACGACGACGGCGGCUAAGUCUCCGACGACAACGAUCGCUGCUUACUCGACGUCUCCGGUGACGUCAGCCGACGAGUUUGUGAUGCCAGUGGAGGUCGGAGGAGAUUUGGAGGGAGACGAGGAUCUGUUGUCGUUGUCGGACACGGUGGUGAGCGAGGAUUUCUUCGAGGGGUUGGAGGAGUUUGCGGUGGGAGAUAGCUUUUCGGGGAACUCUGCUCCGGCGAGUUUUGAUCUUUCGUGGGUUGUGAACAGUGCGGCCACAACUAGCGGCGGAAUAUGAUUCGUUGGAGGUUAGGACUGAGUGGUGGUAGAAAGAAUACUUUCUUUUAGGAAGGGAUAUAGGAUUAAGGAAUUAUUCUCGGAUUAUAUGUAAAAAUAGGAAGAAAAAAAUGUUCUUUGUUACUUUUUUUCUUGUUUUUUAAAUAUUUUAGAAAAUUUUAAUUGUAUAUUAUUAUUUAAGCCCCAUAUUCGUACUGUUUCGUAUCCGGUUCAGUUAUAUAUUAAUUCUUUGAAAUUAUUCCAAUAA